GGCCCAUUCAUGGCUUCACACGAACAGCUUCAUGAGCAGAGUUGCGUGCUCAGUCGAUCCUGGUGUUCGUUGCUUGUCGCAGGGAAGCAAGCAGUGAGUAGCAAUUACAUGUAUUACCACUAUUUGGAAGCGGGCUCAUCAUUGGACCAUGGGUAGGGGUCCUUCUUGUUCCCGGGCGAGCCACGCGACGCGCCUAACUGCAACAGACUGAACUUCAACUUUAAGGUACUUUCCACAUUCAUUCGAAAUACCUUUGGCAAAUUGACGCCACAACAGACCAUUACCAGUGGUGUCUUGCAAAUCGAACGUAUGACACGAAAAGACUCUGACCGGGAAAAGGAGCCAUGGCUUCUACGACCGCCAUAAACACUUGGAUUGAGGAGUUGGCCCUUACCUUUAUUCCAUCAAAUAGCAAAUCCACAGGAAAAGACAUACGAAAGCACAAAGAUGCGUUUGUCCGCCGGAUCAAGGACCAUAACUAUGGCCGGACCGACCAAUUCGCGGUCGCCGAAAAGCUUUCCGGACUCGAAGAGAAGUUUAUGGUGGCUAACCUUGACGAUGUCGCCGAAGAAUUAUACUCGCGCCGUAUAAAACUGAGCAGAUACAACGAGCGUUGGAUCCCAGAUGUUCUUGAUCUACUGCUGCAUCUGUCUCAUGAACCAGUGAAAUACAGCCGGGUGGAAAAUUUACAAAGGCUUCGUCCUCCACUUCAGGCUCUUUUGCCUUUGAAAUGGGCUGACAUCAAUGCGGACGACCCCGUUGAUGCGGAGGACGAUAUCUGGAAAGUUCCGGACUAUAGCGAUUUCAGCUCUGACGAGGAUGAUAUCGUGGUUUUCAGCAACAAAAAGUCUCCUGCAAGUGCUCCAGAACUCAGCCAGAAGCAGCUCGCGCUCGAUAAGAUUCUUGACCUUCGUGAGGACGAUGUCAAUCCAAACUCGUCUCAUGACUUUAAAACCGCUCAGUUCUGGCGUGGUCCACAGCAGGAUGCGGCCCUCAAUGAAAAGCAAGCAGUCAGGGAGAUUUUGUUCAUGUUAACCGGACUUCCCACAGCGAUGUUCAUAUCUUCUGAGCGCGGACCACGGCCUAACCCUCUUUAUCGGAUCCGCCACCUUGAUCACGACGCUUCGAGAACACUCUUGGAUGCCGCAUCCGAUCUGGGUUCGCAGGUUGACAGGGUCCGCCAAUGGGUGGCAGUGCGGCAGACUGAGAAGGUCAUGCAAGUUAUUCAAGACAGGAUCAGCGACGUAUUAGUGGAGUUCGAGCGUCUUGUGUCUCGGGUCCAGUACGAUAUUCUGCAUGAGACGUCCUGUACGGGAGUCAUCAGUUUCAUGCAAAUAUUGCACAUGAUGAAGAAGAGGUCUGGUCGUCUAAGAGCCAUUUCUUCUAUCACGUCACAUCUGCCCCAAAAUGACACCGUUGCAUGUAUGAACAUACUCUACACAUGCAUAGACAGAGCUUACUCCGCUUGUGAUUCUGUUACCUCUGACACUCUCCUUCCAAUCUUCACUUCUGCCUUCCAGGUGUACGCACAACCUUACGAUACAUGGCUAUCUACGGGAAAAUUGACCUCCUCCACACCAUUCUACAUCAGCGAGAGCCAAGGGCGCCGUAGCGGAGCGACGCUGUGGCAUGAUUGGUUUAUGAUGUCUCCUGGGGGUGCAGAAAAGCUGCCUUGUUUCCUGCAACCCGUAGCCGACAAGAUGUUCAAGGCAGGCAAGACUGCCGCGUUCCUACAACAUCUAGGACAACCAAACAUCAAUCACGGCAAAGAGUUACUCGGAAUAGCUGACGCCUUGACUGAGACCAUAACGAUGAUGGAGACAUCCCCAAUUCCCUUUUCAGCUACCUUCGAAAUACUUCUGAACCAGAAAGUCGAUUCUCUUCUCGUCAGUUCCACUGCCGCGCUUCAAGAGAUUCUUGAAGGCCAUUGUGGACUCACGCGCCUGCUCGACGCGCUUGGAUACCUCUAUCUCGGAGUUGAUGGCGUCAUUCUAGACCGCAUUGAAAGUCGAUUGUUUGGCCGGAUUGAUCGGUGUCUCGACAUGUGGAAUGACCGGUUUCUCGUCGCAGAUCUGUUGGCCGAGGCGUACCAACGGGUCGAAUGCAUCGAAACUGACUCUAUCACGGUGCAAUCAACAUACACGUUCACUAAAAGCAUGGCGAGUCGGCGACGCUCCGUCAAGAUCCUUGGUACCGUGGCGGUCUCAUAUCCAGUCAGCUGGCCGCUAGCCAACAUCAUCCCACCGGCCUCGAUGGGUUCGUACCAGCGGAUUGCUUUGAUGUUGAGCCAAAUCCGACGUGCCAAGUUCGUUUUGGAGCGCCGAGCAUACUUCAACGUUCAGCACUCUGUGAUCGGUACUGGCGGUGAUGACCAGCCGAUCAUGCACAUGGGCAAAAGACCCGAGGAGAAUAUGGAAGCGGAUUUGCAUGUCCCAAUGAAGACUGAAGUGGACAUGAGGCAGACAGACCAAACACGAAGAAACGCCCAAGCCCUUCACACAACGCUGCUAUAUUUUGUCAACGUCCUCUACGACCAUCUCACCACAUGCACCAUUGGACCGCUAACAUCGGCCAUGCGUGCCAAACUCACAUCGGUCAUCCCAGAUGGGAAGGACGAUGUUACUACCCCUCUGCGGCCGGCCAGCAGCGUCGAUGACAUGAUCGCCGUUCAUGCUCGCUACGUGCGCACUUUGACGCAUGCUUGCCUUGUGAGCGCGCAGAUCAAGCCUCUGCGCGAUAGUCUCUUGGCCAAUCUGGACCUAUGUAUUCGCUUCGCUGAUCUGGUAGCUGUAAGCUCGGCGAGCGUGCGCAAGGCGGGUCCGCAGAGAGAAAGAGAAGGCUCUUUUGUCUCGGCCCGAAGCAGGCACCGAUCGAAGAGGCGGCAUGUGGGUAGACAUGGCAGCGUUACCCAGAUAUCAUCAAAUGACCUGUCGCACGAUAUGAGUGACUCUUCGUCGUUUGGGAAUGCCGAUGGCGACAGUGAUGGCGAACAGGACAAUACCGACGCAGAAGAAGAAAACGAUGACGAGCAAUACUCGACGUUCAUGCUCGACGAGGAUACCUCACUUAUGCAGGAGAUGACGAGCUUGCGCGCCGCGUUUGUCAAGCAUGCCUCUUUCCUGGUCGCCGGGUUAAGGGGCGCCGCAAAGACCUCGGCCGAGGUUGGGGACGGCUUCGAGUUGCUCGCGGAUUCACUUGAUGGGAUUGUAAUGAAAGCCCGGGGGAAGGGGACUGCUCUUUGAGGGAACAGGAGCAUUUGGACAGAAUGAGAGACUAGAAAUCAGCCUCCGAAGAAUUGUAUCAAUUUCCCCAAUAAUAAGGUACUUGGAUCUCUGUUUCGAUGGGUAUCAAACUUGUUCCUUUUCAUGAUUAAUGUCAAGACGUUCUCCUCCA